ACACAGCUGCAGCUCCUUCCAGAAGUUUCCUCUCCGGGUUCCAGUGACCCGACUCCCACGGUCGGACUCUCCCGGUGAUUCUCCCGGUGAUUCUCCCGUUGAUUCUCCCGGUGUUUCGUGGUUUUAAACCCAGUGACCGGUCCUCGCCUGGUUCCGGUUCGGGAGUUUAACAGAAGAAGUGACCGGCUGUGAGAGCGCGACCAGCCGGGAGGAGCGACCACCCUUCGCCCGUUAGCUAGCCCGGCUACUGCGGCGGAGCCUGUCCCCCCGUCCCCCCGGUCCCCACCGCCCGGCCCGGCCCCGCUGGAUGAGCCGCUGCCACGGAGCAGACGCUAACCCCCCCCCCGGGAUGAGGAUGCUCGUCUGAGGAGGACCUGACUCCGGGAUGGUGGCCGACUACUACUCGGUGCUGGGGAUCGCCCGAGGUGCGACCGAGGAGGAGAUCAAGAAGGCGUACCGGAAGCAGGCCCUGCGGUACCACCCGGACAAGAACAAGUCCGCCGGGGCCGAGGACCGCUUCAAGGAGAUCGCGGAGGCCUACGAUGUCCUCAGCGACGCCAAGAAGAAGGACAUCUACGAUAAGCAUGGAGAGAAAGGACUCAAGGGUUCGGCCGGUGGUGGAGGUCGAGGACACAGCGAUCAGAGCUACCACUACUCCUUCCACGGAGACCCUCACGCAAUGUUCACAGAGUUCUUUGGAGGCCGCAGCCCGUUUGACCAUUUGUUCUCACAGAAUGGGGAGGAUGACCGGGACGGCAACGACUCCUUCCCAGGGUUUGGAGCUGGAGGCAUGGGAGGUGUGGGAGGCAUGGGAGGCAUGGGAGGCAUGGGUGGGUUUCCCAGGCCUUUCAAACCCCAUACAGGAGGGUCCCGCAGACCGCAUGAGAAGAAGAAGGACCCGCCCGUGGUGCACGAGCUGAAGGUGAGCCUCGAGGAGGUUUUCUCAGGCUGCUCCAAGAAGAUGAAGAUCUCCCGGAAGACGCUGAACCCGGACGGCUGCACCAUGCGCAGCGAGGACAAGAUUCUAACAGUGGACAUCAAACGUGGCUGGAAGGACGGGACAAAAAUCACCUUUCCCAGGGAGGGAGAUGAAACGCCCACCAACAUCCCUGCAGACGUGGUGUUCGUGGUCAAAGACAAACCACACCCGGUGUUCAGACGAGAGGGCUCCGAUAUCAUUUACCCUGCAAAGAUAUCACUCAGAGAAGCGUUGUGCGGCUGCACGGUCAACGCACCGACGCUGGACGGCCGGACCAUCACUGUGUCUUCCAGAGACGUUGUCAAACCGGGAAUGAAGAAGCGUGUCGCUGGAGAAGGGCUGCCCCUGUCCAAGUGCCCCGAGAAAAGGGGCGACAUGAUCUUGGACUUCACCGUUAAAUUCCCUGACAAACUGGGACAAAGCACGCGGGACGCUCUCAAACAGAUCCUCCCGCCGUGACUUAACUAAUGAAGUGUAACGACUCUGACACUCUCUCUGUCCAUCCUUGAGCCGGAUAGGCAGAGGCACAGGGCAGAUCUGGUUCCAGAUGUGUAAUGUUACCACGUGAACACCAAACCCACAUUCUGAGCCAGUAUCCAGUGAGUGUAACGAGUGUCUCAAGACUCCAGGUUGAGUAACAGUGUUAAGCAGCGGCCUGCUUCAGUGUCAGGAUUAAGUUAGAAAAGUAACCCGUAGCAAGUGUGUGUGUGUGUGUGUGUGUAAAUGGUAUGGCUGCAAGAAGGGGAGGGACUUAACAGUUCACUGACUUGUAUUGAUUGAACAUUUUAUUUAGAGUUUGAGGAUGUGGUUUCAGUUGAGCACUUUUUUGGGAAAUGCUUUCAAGUAGCACCCAGCUGAUUAACAAUACCUCAGGUGAACUGACGUAUGCUUGAAUGUAGCUUUAACUACAUUAACCGACAGGAUGUGAUUAGUUUCAGCUGCCAAUGAUUUUUGAAUUUCACAUUCAGGUAGCAUUAAACACAUUUUAAAUGUAGGAAAGACUGAACUGCUAUCAGAUCGGUGUCCUCUAUCAGGAGAUAUCAGAGUUAACCUAUCAAAUCCAAUGUGUUGAAGACAGCCCAUCUUUCAAAAUGUUUCCUUUAACAAGACCUUGCUUCAGCAGGACUGCACUCUUCACUGUGUAACCUUGGAAUCAUUGUGCCAAAUAAUCAUCCCUGUUGGUUUGCAAAUAUGUAUGUGUGAGGUCUUAAAUGUUGAGCAUGUGUGUGUCCCGUCAUGUGUAGCUGACAAAUGAUUAAAAUCUUAAAGCUAAACUCCUUCAUCGUACCUUUUAUAGAUGAGCAACGUCUGUGUGAUAUUUCCCUUCCUCCUCAUUUGUCUCUUCUCUGUUUGAUGAAUCAUUUCAUCUAAAGCCACUGAGCUCUUUGUCUUUUCUUUUUUAUGAGAUAAGAUAUAAGACUGAUGCUUAAUUGCGAUGCAAAUGUGUUUAAACCCCUGAUUUAAAGGCCUGCAGAAUAUAUAUAUAUAUAUAAUUUUUUUUAAAGCCUACAUUAUUCUUUAUUAUAACAUGUCUUAUUAUUUAUUUUAUCAGACUGUGCACUAUAACAUGCACAGUAUCUGGAAAUAUUUUAAGUUCUACACAGCUCUUACUGUGGAGGUUUGUAAACCAGGUGUUUGCACACUAAGUGUUUCAGUGUUGACGUUUCCACUGUGAGAAGAAGCCGCGGUCGUUUCUUUCCUCAACCUGCUCCUGCUGCAGGUUCACGUUUCUAACGGACACAAACAUGUGGUUUAACAUGAUUGAAGUAGAGAUGUGUAAUCUCUGUAAUGUUUAACUUUUUUUUGUUUAAAAAAUUAAAAAUUUUCCCUUGCACAUAGUUUUCCUUUUUACGGGAAAGUGUUUAUGUAUUAUAUUUGUUUUACCUCUUGUUUAUGUAAUUCUUCAGAGUGGGAUUUAGGAUGUAAUUUUUUCGAAAGGUUUUUCCUAUGCUGUGAUUAUUUGAUUUUCCAGAUUAAAGAAAGUGACAUAUGUCCUUGAUUAUUAGGGCCUGUUUGUUUUGAUUAAUGAGGAUGUUUUACAAUGAUUAAAGCAUUUCUCCCUGAAACCCUU